AUGUAUUCCGUGGAUCGAUUGCCAAGUGGCUCAGGCAACUUCAGGAACUCACACGAGAAAGCCCCGUUUGAUUUGGUUGCGAACCUGCUAGACCUCGACACUGUUGAUAUCUUUGCGCAGGUCAAGCACCAAUUUGCUACGGUAAUCUCUCCCUACACUGUCUCGUGGGCUACGGGAGAUGGUAGUGCAGAGGGUUGGGGAGAGGAAGAAGAGAAUAGGAAGAGGAGGGAGGGGUGGGAAGCCUUUUAUAUCCCAAUCCGGGCCUUCCUAAAAUGGACAUCCUUGCACUUUCCCUAUAUCAACACCACCUGGGCACCCGUGGACCCCCCGGGGUUUUCCUUUUGA